GGGGGCCGGAGGGGGCGGCGCGGCGGACCUCGGUGGCCUCGGACGCUCCUCCUCGAGAGCGGCCGCCGCCCGCCUCCGCCCGCGCUAGCAGCUCUCUCGCCCCGGCCGGCACCCGCCGCCGCUCCAGGCCGCUCACUUGGGACGCGCUCACCUGAGACAAGGCGCCCGCCGCCCUCACCUGGGCCAGGAUGAAGGACCGGCUGGAGCAGCUGAAGGCCAAGCAGCUGACGCAGGAUGAUGACACGGACGAGGUUGAGAUUGCUAUUGACAAUACAGCCUUCAUGGACGAGUUCUUCUCUGAGAUCGAGGAAACACGGCUCAACAUUGACAAGAUCUCGGAGCAUGUAGAGGAAGCUAAGAAGCUCUACAGUAUCAUUCUCUCUGCGCCGAUCCCAGAGCCAAAAACCAAAGAUGACCUUGAACAGCUCACAACUGAGAUCAAGAAAAGGGCUAACAACGUCCGGAACAAGCUGAAGAGCAUGGAGAAGCAUAUUGAGGAAGAUGAGGUCCGGUCAUCAGCAGACCUUCGGAUACGAAAGUCCCAGCACUCCGUCCUCUCCCGAAAGUUUGUGGAGGUGAUGACAAAGUACAACGAGGCUCAGGUGGACUUCCGUGAACGCAGCAAAGGACGCAUCCAACGGCAGCUUGAAAUUACUGGCAAGAAGACAACAGAUGAGGAGCUGGAAGAGAUGUUGGAGAGUGGCAACCCAGCCAUCUUCACUUCUGGGAUCAUUGACUCCCAGAUUUCCAAGCAAGCCCUCAGUGAGAUUGAGGGUCGGCACAAGGACAUCGUGAGGCUGGAGAGCAGCAUCAAGGAGCUCCAUGACAUGUUUAUGGACAUCGCCAUGCUGGUGGAGAAUCAGGGAGCCAUGAUUGACCGCAUUGAGAACAACAUGGACCAGUCAGUGGGCUUUGUGGAACGGGCUGUGGCAGAUACCAAAAAGGCGGUCAAGUAUCAGAGUGAAGCCCGGAGGAAGAAGAUCAUGAUCAUGAUCUGCUGUAUUAUCCUUGCCAUCAUCUUGGCUUCUACCAUUGGGGGCAUAUUUGCCUGAAAAAGAUGGGAUCUCAACGGGUAUCUCCAAUCUUCCACCUCUGUGGUGCCAUCAUGUCUCCCCUUCAGUCUUCCUCAGCUAUGUCUCUUCUCAUUAGGAAACUUACAACACAGGGCACCAAUCAACUGUUUAUUAAAUGUUAUGACAAGUUUGAACAAAUUAAUGAAAAUGUAGAAUUGAAAGGGGUGGGGUGAAGGAACAGGGAGCACGGCAAUAUAUAGUUGGUUUACACGGCCUUUAAAGGGCAGGCCUGCAUGGUAGAGAAGCAUAAUGGGUCCCUGUUUAGAGUACAACACACACACAGCCUGAAGGCCAGGAUGGUGGUGAAGAGGCAGGCAUUACAACAUGCCCAACUCAACAGGGUCAUAACUGAACUCAGUGAGGCUGUCUCUCCUGCUCCCUACUUUUACUCUAAUGGCUCUUCUAGGCCGCACUCUUAACCAACCAGAAGUCUGCUCCCUCCUUCAGGGUCCAAGAAUAGUUUUUAAUUCAUAGAUUGUUUAAGGAUAGGCACUACGCCUGUCUUAAACAUUACCAUGUUCCUACUGCGUAGCACACAGUGCCUGCCACUUUCAGAUGUCUGCUUACUUGGUAGUCAAGCUUUGAUUUCAUUCAUGGAUGAGUCCUUGAGCUUGGCUUUUUAUGAUAUGAUUGGUAAUAUGAUUUAUUAUUAAUCAGAGGCAUAUAGAAAAAUAUGGCAACACCCCUAUUACCAUACCAUACACUUCAGAGUAUUUUGCUUUAAGGGAUGGUGGUUAUGUAGAAGUUGCCUUUCUAUUGGUGGUAUAAAUUUCUAUCAGUAGACUCUCAUUUGUCAGAGAUGAUGGUUGGUCUCAGGAUGGAGGUUCAUUCAAUAAAUUCAUUCUUCCAACAAAAGAAAGAAGUUUAUACUAUGACCCAGCUCCCAAACCAGCACACCAUGUUUUCUGGAACAAUGGAAGGAAGCUGAGGGGAUAAAGUGUAACAAGGCUGCUGCUUCAGCCCUCACCAGGUCUGUGGUAGAAGAGGCCGCAGGUCAGUGAACUGUGCAAGAAACUGGUCCAACACAUUCCUAACUCAAGUGUCAUUGUGUUCCACUUUAAAAAUAAUUUACUUAGAGACUAUUACAUCUUACAUUCACUAAAAAUAAACAAAAAACUGGGCCUAACUUUUGAAAGUAAGCGUUAACUUACUUUUUAAAUUAAGAAGUGUAAACCACUUCUGUUCUUUGCUGGAUCUUAUUUUUUAAAAAGCAGGAUAAAACCAAUCUUUUACCAGUAUGCUGUUUUCUACCCACCUUCUAUCAGUUCUCAGUUUGAAGUUCCCUCAGAAAAACUGACUGCUCUAGUUACAGACAAAUGAAGCUGGCACUAUGAAGUUUUGGAUCACAUGGAACCAGCCAUGUGUGUACGUGCUCCACAUACAUUAGCUCCUAAAGGGACAGAAAGCCAAAAUGACCCUCCUUAGCUAGCUUCAGAUCUAGGAAGCAUCAAAAGGGUUUCAACUUUUGUUAUCCAUUCUUUUGCUAAAUUUCUUGUCAUAUUCCAUGUUUUCAAUUCUGAGACUGACAGAAGAUGGGCAGUUGGGCAUUAAUAAAUAUCUGUUGAAC